CCUCCUUCUCCCCCUCUUUCUCCCCCUCUUUCUCUCUUCUUUCUCCCCCGUCCCCCCGCCCCCUCCCCCCAGGCCUGAUGAGCAGGUCUCGAGCCUCCAUCCAUCGGGGGAGCAUCCCCGCGAUGUCCUAUGCCCCCUUCAGAGAUGUACGGGGACCCUCUAUGCACCGAACCCAAUAUGUUCAUUCCCCGUAUGACCGUCCUGGUUGGAACCCUCGGUUCUGCAUCAUCUCGGGGAACCAGCUGCUCAUGCUGGAUGAGGAUGAGAUACACCCCCUACUGAUCCGGGACCGGAGGAGCGAGUCCAGUCGCAACAAACUGCUGAGACGCACAGUCUCCGUGCCGGUGGAGGGGCGGCCCCACGGCGAGCAUGGUACGGCGGCCGAGCAGGCUCUCAAGCCCUGGACAGGCGAGGGGAGAGGGCUGAAGAGGGUAGACAUGAGUUUUGGUGGGAUACUGUUCAACCCAGUACACCGUCUCACCUAUGACUGCUGUCUGUAUCCCACUUUCUUACUGUCUCUCCUCUUUUGGUGUCUCUCUGUCCCUUCCCCCUUUAACAUCGUGCCCACCCCACCAUGCCAGGACAACAGCCGCCGGGUAGACAAUGUGCUAAAGCUGUGGAUCAUAGAGGCCCGAGAGCUGCCCCCCAAGAAGCGGUACUACUGCGAGCUCUGCCUGGAUGACAUGCUGUAUGCACGCACCACCUCCAAGCCCCGCUCUGCCUCAGGGGACACCGUCUUCUGGGGCGAGCACUUCGAGUUUAACAACCUGCCGGCUGUCCGUGCCCUGCGGCUGCAUCUGUACCGUGACUCAGACAAAAAGCGCAAGAAGGACAAGGCGGGCUAUGUCGGCCUGGUGACUGUGCCGGUGGCCACCCUGGCUGGGCGCCACUUCACAGAGCAGUGGUACCCUGUAACCCUGCCAACAGGCAGUGGGGGAUCUGGGGGCAUGGGCUCGGGAGGGGGAGGAGGUUCGGGGGGCGGCUCAGGGGGCAAGGGCAAAGGAGGUUGCCCGGCUGUGCGACUGAAAGCACGUUACCAGACAAUGAGCAUCUUGCCCAUGGAGCUGUAUAAGGAGUUUGCAGAGUAUGUCACCAACCAUUAUCGGAUGCUGUGUGCAGUCUUGGAGCCCGCCCUGAAUGUCAAAGGCAAGGAGGAGGUUGCCAGUGCACUAGUUCACAUACUGCAGAGUACAGGCAAGGCCAAGGACUUCCUUUCAGACAUGGCCAUGUCUGAGGUAGACCGGUUCAUGGAACGGGAGCACCUCAUAUUCCGCGAGAACACGCUCGCCACUAAAGCCAUAGAAGAGUAUAUGAGACUGAUUGGUCAGAAAUACCUCAAGGAUGCCAUUGGAGAGUUCAUCCGUGCUCUGUAUGAGUCUGAGGAAAACUGCGAGGUAGACCCUAUCAAGUGCACAGCGUCCAGUUUGGCAGAGCACCAGGCCAACCUGCGAAUGUGCUGUGAGUUGGCCCUGUGCAAGGUGGUCAACUCCCACUGCGUGUUCCCGAGGGAGCUGAAGGAGGUGUUUGCUUCAUGGCGGCUGCGCUGCGCAGAGCGAGGCCGGGAGGACAUCGCAGACAGGCUUAUCAGCGCCUCGCUCUUCCUGCGCUUCCUCUGCCCAGCGAUUAUGUCGCCCAGUCUCUUUGGGCUUAUGCAGGAGUACCCAGAUGAGCAGACCUCACGCACCCUCACCCUCAUUGCCAAGGUCAUCCAGAACCUGGCCAACUUUUCCAAGUUUACCUCAAAGGAGGACUUUCUGGGCUUCAUGAAUGAGUUUCUGGAGCUGGAAUGGGGUUCCAUGCAGCAGUUCUUGUAUGAGAUCUCCAACCUGGACACGCUAACCAACAGCAGUAGCUUUGAGGGUUACAUCGACUUGGGCCGAGAGCUCUCCACACUGCAUGCCCUGCUCUGGGAGGUGCUGCCCCAGCUCAGUAAGGAAGCCCUCCUGAAGCUGGGCCCACUGCCCCGGCUCCUCAAUGACAUCAGCACAGCUCUGAGGAACCCCAACAUCCAAAGGCAGCCAAGCCGCCAGAGUGAGCGGCCCCGGCCUCAGCCCGUGGUACUGCGGGGGCCAUCGGCUGAGAUGCAGGGCUACAUGAUGCGGGACCUCAACAGCUCCAUCGACCUUCAGUCCUUCAUGGCUCGAGGCCUCAACAGCUCUAUGGACAUGGCUCGCCUCCCCUCCCCAACCAAGGAAAAGCCACCCCCACCACCGCCUGGUGCGGGUAAAGACCUAUUCUAUGUAAGCCGUCCACCCCUGGCCCGUUCCUCACCAGCGUACUGCACGAGCAGCUCGGACAUCACAGAGCCAGAGCAGAAGAUGCUGAGUGUCAACAAGAGUGUGUCCAUGCUGGACUUACAGGGCGAUGGGCCUGGUGGCCGCCUCAACAGCAGCAGUGUUUCGAACCUGGCGGCCGUAGGGGACCUGCUGCACUCAAGCCAGGCCUCGCUGACAGCAGCCUUGGGGCUACGGCCUGCGCCUGCUGGACGCCUCUCCCAGGGGAGUGGCUCAUCCAUCACGGCGGCUGGCAUGCGCCUCAGCCAGAUGGGUGUCACCACAGACGGUGUCCCUGCCCAGCAACUGCGAAUACCCCUCUCCUUCCAGAACCCUCUCUUCCACAUGGCUGCUGAUGGGCCAGGUCCCCCAGGCGGCCAUGGUGGGGGCGGUGGCCAUGGCCCACCUUCCUCCCAUCACCACCACCACCACCAUCACCACCACCGAGGUGGAGAGCCCCCUGGGGACACCUUUGCCCCAUUCCAUGGCUAUAGCAAGAGUGAGGACCUCUCUUCCGGGGUCCCCAAGCCCCCUGCUGCCUCCAUCCUUCAUAGCCACAGCUACAGUGAUGAGUUUGGACCCUCUGGCACUGACUUCACCCGUCGGCAGCUUUCACUCCAGGACAACCUGCAGCACAUGCUGUCCCCUCCCCAGAUCACCAUUGGUCCCCAGAGGCCAGCCCCCUCAGGGCCUGGAGGUGGGAGCGGUGGGGGCAGCGGUGGGGGUGGCGGGGGCCAGCCACCUCCAUUGCAGAGGGGCAAGUCUCAGCAGUUGACAGUCAGCGCAGCCCAGAAACCCCGGCCAUCCAGCGGGAAUCUAUUGCAGUCCCCAGAGCCAAGUUAUGGCCCCGCCCGUCCACGGCAACAGAGCCUCAGCAAGGAGGGCAGCAUUGGGGGCAGCGGGGGCAGCGGUGGCGGAGGGGGUGGGGGGCUGAAGCCCUCCAUCACCAAGCAGCAUUCUCAGACACCGUCCACAUUGAACCCCACAAUGCCAGCCUCUGAGCGGACAGUGGCCUGGGUCUCCAAUAUGCCUCACCUGUCGGCUGACAUCGAGAGUGCCCACAUCGAGCGGGAAGAGUACAAGCUCAAGGAGUACUCAAAAUCGAUGGAUGAGAGCCGGCUGGAUAGGGUGAAGGAGUACGAGGAAGAGAUUCACUCACUGAAAGAGCGGCUGCACAUGUCCAACCGGAAGCUGGAAGAGUAUGAGCGGAGGCUGCUGUCCCAGGAAGAACAGACCAGCAAAAUCCUGAUGCAGUAUCAGGCCCGACUGGAGCAGAGUGAGAAGAGGCUAAGGCAGCAGCAGGCAGAGAAGGAUUCGCAGAUCAAGAGCAUCAUUGGCAGGCUGAUGCUGGUGGAGGAGGAGCUGCGCCGGGACCACCCCGCCAUGGCUGAACCGCUGCCAGAACCCAAGAAGAGGCUGCUCGACGCUCAGGAGAGGCAGCUUCCCCCCUUGGGUCCAACAAACCCGCGUGUGACGCUGGCCCCACCAUGGAACGGCCUGGCCCCCCCAGCCCCACCACCCCCACCCCGGCUGCAGAUUACGGAGAACGGCGAGUUCCGAAACACCGCAGACCACUAGCCCACCCAGCAUCACAGACCUUCUCUUCCUUUCCUGUGCACCCCACCCUGUAACAGCACCAACCACCAGGACUGGACAUCACCGAGGAACAGCGGGAUUGCCUCCCCGAAUGCCUCCCUGGGAGGCACACUGAUUGCCCACCCCCCCCACUGCACCAUUUUCAGGAGGGAGAGCGGGGACCCUCAGCCGCCCCCUUUUCCUUCCCAUUGGGGUGCUGCCCUCUCUUUGACCCCCAGGGACCCUUGCCCCAGGACACCGCCUACCCCACACAGACCCCUUCACUCCGGGGUGCUAUCCCCAUCCUCUGCCUCAUCGUUCCCCUGAGCACUGGGGGACAGACCCUCACCCCCACCCUGGGGGUGUGGCACCUCCAAACUUUCAACUUCAGGGUGAUUUUUUUAGCAGUAACCAGAGCUGACAAUCUAACUCCCCUCCACCGCCCCAUUUUGGCCUCCCCUGCCCCCCUUGUUAUGGGGAGGGGACCCCAGGUGAGGGGGCCCUAUUACCCCUUGAUUUCUCAGGAGCGUCUGGGGGGGCUCAGCACGCACAAACUCCUUCUCCUCCUACCCCUCUUAAAUUUACUCCCUCCCCACCCAGAACCCAGAUGGGGUGGAGGGGGCCACCGGGGCAGGGAGGGGGCGGCAAGGGGGGAAUGGGAGUUGUCUCCCCUUCUCCCCACACCUGAUCUGCUCUCGGCUGGUCCCAGAGCGGGGUGAGGGGGCUUAUGCCCCCCCCUCCCCCAGUGUGUUGGGUGGGGUGGAAUUGAGGUUAGGGUGAGGGGUCAGGGUUUAGGAGGGUGUGUAUGUUGGGAGGACAGGCUAGUUGAUCUGUCCUACUCUGACACACAGUCCCCCCUGCCACUCCCUUCUCUCUUCUUGGUCUCUACUCCCAGGGGGAGGGGGGAACUUACUCUAGGAAAAGCCAUGUCUCUCUCCCCCGGGGUGGGGGGACCUGUGUUGGAGGAGGGGUGUUGGGGGGCCCCCUUCCAUGACUCUGUCCCCUGGGGGAGGUAGGACGGGGCUGGGCUUCCCUCUCAUCCUCCCCCUCCCAAUCUCCUUCCACCUCCCUCCCUCCUGCCAGCUCCGCAAUUUUUCGGUGUUUCUCUGUACAUAGUUCUCUGGCGGGAUAGGGGAGGUAGGAUGGAUGGGGUUUGGGGUGGGUAGGCCAUGGGAGGGGAGAAGCCCCUCUUUGGCACCCCCUCUUCCCUGACUGCUGUCCCCUACCCAGCCUUGCCCCCUUCAUCCUUUUGCGUUUGGUAUUGAGACUCUCCUAGACUCUACUCCUCUUUCUUUUGUAUGGACAGUUUCCCUUCAGUCCCAUCCCCCUACACAUACACCCAGCCGGGGCCAAAUUUAUACUUAUAUAAAAGUUGUAAAUAUGUGAAAUUUUAUCCCUGUGCCCUUUCCCCACCUCAGGCCCUAGCCCUGGAUCCUCCCCAACCUUCCUUCUCUCUUCUUUGGCUGUUGUAAUUAUCUGGGGUUUGUACUGUACAUAUCCGGGGUGUGUGUGUGUGGGCUGGGGGCAACCCUUCUGUACAGAGCUUCCUGGCCCCCCCCCCCCCCGCCCCUCUGCUUCCCUCCCCACCCACCACCUUAAGGGUAGGGAGAUGCUCUUCCUACCUGUUUUAUUUUGUUUUCUCGUUCUCCCUCCCCACCCCACUCCCAGCCUUAUCUAUCCCCCCUUGCUGUCCCCUUUUCUCCACUCCCAGCCCCAUUUCCUUUUUUUCUGGAGUGUGUGGUGAAACAGAAAAAAACAUGUUUAAUAAACGGAGAUUGUUCUUUUA